UAGUGUAGAAUUCUGUGGGCCCUAAUGAUUCUAGAAUUCCAGGUUAUUUCGUUCUAGUAUGCAUAGAUCUACUUGUUAUUCCAGUCAUACGACACAAUUGAACUGAAUAAAUGAAUUUAAAUUGAAAGUUUCCAGAAAUCUCAAAAUAUACGUCUUGAUGAGGUGCCAGCCUAUUCUUUAGAAUAUUAGAGGAAGAAAUGUAAUCGUUUAGAAUUUUAGAGGUAAUGUAAUCGUUUAAGUAAUCAGGCAAUAGAUAAUCGCAACUGUUUGUUUUCCUCUCUCUUUCUGCACUGCACACUCCGCAGACUCCUCGACUCGACUUUCACAGAGAACUAAAUAAAUUAGGCUUAAAAUAAAGAAACAUCAACGCAAGCAGUCAGACGGCCGUGAACUGUGAACUGUGAACUUUUGAUUAGGUUUGUGGGUCAAACAGUGAACCUGUGAUUCAGCACAAAUCUUUCGCUCCUCAUAUGUUCAGAACACAGACUGUCACAGUGACAGUGAAGUGCAAAUAAUCAAAAUGAAUAACGUGAAGCUACUGGGUGCUGUCGCAGCAAGAACUCUAUGCAGGGUUUCGUUGCAACAAUGCGGUGUGCCCACCUGUGUUGUUGGUGUCAGCCGGAGAUGGGCUCACACACAAACUGCUGUGCAACCGCUGACCUUGACAACUCAGGAAAAUGGCAUCCGUACCAUCUGCCUCAACGACCCCAGGAAAAGAAAUGCACUGUCCUUGGCAAUGUUGAAGACCUUGUACAAUGAGCUGACCAGAGACCAGGAGGAGCUCCGGGUGAUCAUCCUCAAGGCCAAAGGCCCCGUGUUCAGUGCCGGCCAUGACUUGAAAGAGCUGAGAGGCACAGAGAACAAGGAGUUCCAUGAAGAAGUAUUUUCCACGUGUUCCAAUGUCAUGAAUGUUAUUCAGGAUCUGCCUGUUCCUGUCAUCGCUCAAGUUCACGGGUUGGCCACUGCUGCAGGGUGUCAGCUGGUAGCCACGUGCGACAUCGCUGUUGUCUCGGAGAAUUCUCAGUUUGCUACUCCAGGCGUCAAUGUCGGUUUGUUUUGCACCAGUCCAGGGGUAGCCGUGGGCCGAGCGGUACCGAGGAAAGUGGCUCUGGAUAUGUUGUUCACUGGACACCCUAUCUCUGCACAAGACGCGUUACUGCACGGCUUGGUCAGCAAAGUUGUCCCCGAUGAUCAGGUGGAGGAAGAGACCAUGAAAAUUGCCGAGCGAGUCUGUGACACUAGCCAGCGUGUGAUCGCACUCGGAAAAGCUUCCUUCUAUGCUCAAAUGGCUUUGGAAAAGAAAAAUGCGUACAGGUUUGCGGAGAAAAUCAUGGUGGAGAACCUUGGCCUUGAGGACGGGAAGGAAGGAAUCACAGCCUUCAUCCAGAAGAGGAAACCGGAGUGGACCAAGUGAUGGGCGGGUCGUGGCCGAUCCCUGACUCAUUAUCUCUGUCUCUGUCUCUCUGUCUCUCCAUCUCUCCAUCACUAGGCUGGUGUGUGCUUCCCCGGGGAGCCAAGAAUGUUUCGGAGUGUUCUAGGGUCUGCUGGGGUAGUCGGCCAUCUGUUGAAAUGUAUGAAGCCCAAACAAUUUUUAUUUUUAAAAAAUUGGAUCAAAUGCCAUAGAAAUGCAACCUUUGAUUAUGAUUAUGAUUGUUAUUAUUCAUUAUUAUUAUUGCAGUUUCUUAAUCUAUGGUAUUGGUUGCAUUUGCCCAAGAAAUAUUUUUUCAACAUUUUAAUUUUAAUUUACAAAAAAAAUAUAACAAAUCUCUAAAUAAAUAAAUUAUUAGAGUAAUUUUAAAAAGAAUGAAAUAGUUUUCUCUCUCCUGUAAAAUUUUGCUUUGUGGGCCCAGUACAUUUCCACAGCUUGCUGAUAAAGUAUAGAUUGUAACGCGCAUAGAGCUAGCCGUUGAGUGGGGAUAUGCGCUGUACAAAUGAUAUAUGUGUGGUGUGCUGACAAAAUAGGCUGCUUCUUGGAUUUUAGCCUUAUAAUGGAAAUUGAUACAUCGACUUUAUAGGUGGGGAUUGUACAAUUUGUAAGUGUGGAAUAAUAAAAGACAGGGUAGACUUGAAGAAUAUGGCAUCAAUAGAAAAUGUACAAAUUUGACCUUAGUGUCGAUUAUGGGCUGAUAAUUCCAUUCUUAGAUUGCGAGAAGUAACUCGUUUUGUCAGCAUGCUCACAUUUACGUAUAUAUAUCAUGUAUUAUUUAAUAUAUAGCUAGUCAAUUUGGAAAUGUCCAAGGGAACGUUUUUUGCUCAAUUCUUGGAAGUUAAUUAAGGAGGGUGGAGAGAAAACUGCUGGACAGACGGAUGGACAAACAGAAAC